AGGAACCCGUGCGCGCGCGCAUGAGCGGCCCGCCGGCGGCCGCGGGUGGAGGGGGCGGUUCCUCGAGUGUCGGCAGCCGGAGGGUGGGCAGGCUGGCGGCAGGUGCCGCUGAGGCCGCCGCCGCCGCCGCCUCCUUCGGGUCCCAGGUCUCCUCGUCCUCCGGCGGUGAUGAGCUGGACUCCCUCGGGGGCCGCACCUGCCGGCUGCCCAUCACUCCGAGCCUCCCGGCGUGACCUCGGCCUCCUCGUGCCCGAUCCCCGCGGCGUGGUUGUGCCCCCGAGAGGCAGGGGCAGCGGCCUCCUCCGCCCCGAGUCCUAGCUCGGGGGCCGCGCGGGGAGAGCGCCGGGUACCCUCCCCUCCCCCGUCCGCUGUCCUCAAUGUCUCCCCGGCGGGGAGGGGGCUGCCUGGGAGACGCGCUGAGCGGCCCCCCCCGGAGGCCCAUCGGCCGCAGCAGCAGCGCCCAGCCCGGCGCCCCGCAGCCUUGCCCGGCGGCGGCGGCCUGGAGGAGCUUCGCAGCCGCCGCCGCCCCCGGAGCCUCGCAGCCGCCGCCACCCGGCGCCCGAGGAGAGGGCGGCGGGCGCCCCCCGGGGAAGAUGAAGGCAGAGGGUGGCGACCACUCCAUGAUCAACCUGUCGGUGCAGCAGGUCCUGAGCCUCUGGGCCCACGGGACGGUGCUGAGGAGCCUCACGGAGAUGUGGUACUGGAUCUUUCUCUGGGCUCUCUUCUCCUCUCUGUUUGUCCAUGGUGCUGCAGGAGUGUUGAUGUUUGUGAUGCUGCAGAGACAUAGGCACGGGAGAGUAAUCUCUGUCAUUGCAGUCAGCAUCGGAUUUCUGGCGUCCGUAACUGGAGCAAUGAUUACUAGUGCAGCAGUAGCGGGCAUUUACAGAGUAGCAGGGAAGAACAUGGCUCCUUUGGAAGCGCUGGUGUGGGGCGUUGGACAGACUGUUCUGACAUUAAUCAUCUCCUUUUCAAGGAUCCUCGCCACACUCUGAGGUUUCUGUGGGAAUGUCUUACUUCACAUAAGGAAACAGACGUACAGAUUCUCUGAAAAUGGCAUUGAUAACAAGUGGGGAUGAUAACUGUACAAGAUUUUGGAAGGAGCAGGUCAGAAGCUAAGGCCUUGAGCUGCGUGGAAAGAUUGCCCUCUGGUGUUCAAGUGAUUGCACUACCGCACUGCACCUCACGUGCCUCCGUCCCAGGCAAGGCCAAUGCCACUGAGAAGCUGCAAGAAAAAGCACCUUGUUUAGCUGCCAAAUCAGGUUAACAUUGGUGUUGAAUCAUCAUUUUUAACAGUGUUGAGUUACAGGGACAUUUUGAGGAAUUGAUAUAUGUGCCAAACUCUCUUCUUUUUUUAUAAAUUGAUCAUGUGACAAUUUGCAAGUGGAGAUGAGUGCUGUGAACAUGUUUGACAUGAAUUCAGGUAACAUAGUGAGAUUUUUGUUUUGUAAUGCUAACCCCGGUGUGAGUGCUGAGUACGGAAUCAUUUAAUAGGAGAUAAGUUAUUUGAUUUUUAGUGUUGAACGUUUCUGGGAUUAGGGCUUUAACAUGCUUAGGCACUAUUGUUAUUUAAUUUAUGUGGAAAAUAAUACUUAAUGGAAAACUAGCUAAACUCUUAAAGACUCAAAGUAGAUCUGUAGGGUGCAUCCUUUUCACUCAUUUAAAUAACACUCUUCUAAUAGUCUCCCUCAUACGUAAAUGUUCUGUUGAGAUGAAUUCAAAAACUUUACGGCAUCACACACACUGAUUGUAGUUUGUGUGCAUAAAAAUAUAAUUUGAAAAUAAAAAUUUUCUUAAAAUUUUGUUAGAAAAGAAAUCUGAAAUGCAUGUUGCAUUCUUUGACCUUUCUAAAAAUUUUUGCCAUGUAUAUCAUGGAGAAAACAUCUUUAUAACUAGUAUCUCAGUGGGAUUAUGUUACUUGUUGCAUAUGUCUUGAUUUUUGACAAAAUGUAAACAAUCUUUCAUUCUGGAGUAUUAACUAUAUUUAAAGAGUGGCCUAAAUUAGGCUGUGAAAACAAAAAGCCUCAUUUAUAGAUAAGUAGUAAAUGGUAUAGGAAGAGAAAUAAACUCUUUGGAUAUGUGGUAACAUAAUUUCACUAAGUAAAAAUUGGGGAAUCUAGUAAAUAAUUUUAAAAUUUGGCAAUUUGUCUCAGCAUAUCUGAACAGUACUGAACAUAUAUUUGAGUGAUUCAUCUUAGUUUUCCAGUUCUUCAUUUAUGCUGUUAUUUAAGUUUAAUAGAAUGUGUGAUGACAUUUAUUAGAAAUGGAGAAGUCCUUAGUAUAAAACAUUUUAAGGGGUUUGGGCAAUAUAUACUUGUUUUUAAGAGUACAGCAAUUAAGGGAAACAGACCUUGGUUGAAUUUACCUCCUACUGAGAUUUUUGUUUUUAGUACCAGGUACAAUUAUAAAUGUACUAACUCAAAGGAAGAGCCACUACAGAGAAUAUGAAGUUAAAUUCAAUCCAGAAAAGUAAUCCGCACAGCCUCGCUGUUUUAUAACCUGUUUGGUAAAAAGUACGUUUUUAUUAGGUCCCAUUUAAACUUAAGACCUUGGUUACUCAUGCCACUCUUCCUUCACCAAAAUGCAGACUAUAUCAACAGCUCAAUAGUGAAGAGUUGAGGGGGGUUACUUUUACCAGUGGGAAAGCCAGUUUGGGGGGUUUUCUAAUGAUGUGGCUUGGAAAUUUGUUUUGAGGAAAAACAGUUAGCGGCUGUACAUUCUUAGAGAUUGUUGAAGUAAAAAACAAUGAUUUCUUAAAUUAUGUAUAACCCUGAAAUUAUUUUCGUGUGUUCUUUAUAUUCUUGAUGUUUUCCCAAAUUAAAUUUAGGCAUACAUUUUCCAAGUCAGUUUGAUUUCUCUUUUUCUGAGAGACUUGAAUUGUGUUCUUUUUUUGUCUAUUCUGUCACUAAUCAAAAGUAUUCAUAGUCUUUGAGAGGAAUUAAGAAAAACAUGUUGAAGAUGUACAAAAUGAAUAUUUUAACACACGGUUAUGUUAUGAUUUAAGAAACUUAUCAUGGUAAGGUAACAUGGAACACCUGAUUCAGAAUCCAAAAUUAACCAGAAAAUAACUGGGAUACAUUAAGUGUAUGAAUGUGUGGACCAAAGAGAUUUAAACUCCUGUUUUUACUCUAGAAUGGAAGUAUAAUUGGAUGGUUAAUAAUUUGUUUGUAGAGUUUCUUAAUCUCAUUAUAAAGUUGCUUUGCAUUGUGAAUUUGUGUGUGUGUGUGUAUGUAUGUGUGUGUAAUUUGGGGGGAAUUUUUUAUUUCUUUGCUGUUUUCAGUUAUUUCCAUUGGGAUUUUGUGUAACUGUCACUUUUUUGAUGUUUUGAAAUACAGUUAAAUAGUGUGAAUUGAUGAAAUUGUCUUAAUAGCUAUUUCUAUGCUGAGAUUUUUUUAAAAGUUAGUGGUUUUCCUAUAGAGACAAGAAAUGUUGAAUGAUAUAUAUCUACAUACAUAUAUAUCAUUAUAUACAUAAAUAUAAAGCUGCUAUAGAUGAAUACAGUCUAAUUAGAAAGCUUUUGUUCAGUGAACACAUGUUCUAGUGGAGAAUUUGUUCAGUUGAAUAUUUUAAAUAAGUUUAAGGAUAUUUGAGAUUUUGUUUUAAUUUGGGGAGAUUUUUCUUGGCUCAGUAGUGCUGGAGACCCUUGUUUGUGAUGUGACAAAAGCCCUUAUUGAUGUAUUUGUGUUACAACUUCUUAAAAUGUGUAUGUGAUUUAGCUGUAAAAUUUCUGUGUGAUAAAUGCAGAAGGGCAGGGAACUCCUCUGCAGUUUACAUUUCUUUAUUUUAAAAAAUGUUUGGUAAUAUAUUGCUGACAGUGAAAUCAGUUCCCCAAAGAAGAGACUCGUAUAUGCCCAAACUAAUUAUUAUUUAACGUACUGCUUAGAAAAGUCCAUACAUAGAUCAGAGUUUAGUCAGGGGGCCUCAUCUAAGCUACAAUGAUGCUUAAAACCUUUAAAUGAAGGACGUGCAAGUAAUCUGUGCCAUGGAACGAUUUUACUGGUUGCCUAGAAUAAGGAAAGGGCUGAAGAGUGGCUACCGUAUAUUCAGUGCUUGCAGCUUAAUUAUUCUUCCUUUAGAUCUUAAUGUUUACCAAACAGUGUUAUCGUUUAUUACCCAAUGUACUGUCUUAGUAUUUGCUGCAUACUUUUCCACUGCCCUAAAAAGUGUAAGGGUUUUGUUUGUACUUCAAGUGAGAAAUAAAAAAGUGAGCUUCCCUAUAUGUCAUGUAUUUGUGAUGUAAGGAACGGGGUAAUUCAAAAUCAAAGAAUGUUGUUGGAAAAGGUCUUUGGAGAAUUUUAAUUAAGAGGAGGAGAGUGGGGCUGACAUGUUAACGUGCCCAAGCUGACACUUGCACACCAGUUAAUUCAAGUUUUUAAGACAUUUUUGGUGGAUCUACUAUGUACAAAGCCCUGUACCAAGUCUUUUCUAUAGGAAUUGCGGAUAACUACCAGGAUUCCUGCCCAGAAUUCCUCUUAGUCCAUCAAGAGCUAGCAAGGUGAUUUCAAAUCCUAAAAAGAUUGGGACAACAUUUUGUUUCCUGAUUCUUGUUGAAAGUUCAAGUCCUGUUUUUUUGUGUGUUUUUUUCCUUCCAAAUUCUGAUUUCCCCUGUUUAUCCACCAAAUGGAGUUUCAGUAACUGAAACAUAGUCAAGAGAAUGCUCGAAUCUAAGCCAGUGACAUAAAUUUGAAUCCAGGCCCUGUCACUUCUUGUUUAUCAAUGGCAAAGCAGCAUAUGUUUGACAGUAAAUGAUCAAUAGUCAGUCAUUAGAAUUAUUUUAAAUUACAUUUUGCAAUACCAAUUGAAUAUGUUGUUUUGUAAAAUUCAUCACUUUUCUUCCAUUUCCACAUUUUUCUUACAUGUAUUUUUAAGAAGGAAAAACUGAAAUAUUUCCCUUAUAAUCUUGCUUCCUUUACCUCCUCUCCACCUCUUUAUUUUUAAAAUCAGCCGAUAUUUAUCUAAGAGCACUUUGGGGAGUUGGUGGUAGUGGAAAUGGCAAAGCAAGCGGGAUUAAAUUACAGGCUGUGUUUACCGCUGGUUAAAAUAGGAAAAAGGUAGAGGUACUUAGCAUUUACUCCUUUGCCAUAUCCUGCCGCUUCCCUUGGAUUCAUUCAACUGCUAUUCACUGAAUCUCUACUACGUUCAAUUUAUUAUCCUUGUUAAAGGGUUGGAGAAGUGUCUCCUCCGUAUGUCCACCUCUCUUCUGCCCUCCGAGGCUGGCU